GACUCAUCCCUUUAAUGUAGUGACACUGUAGAGGAAGAGCAGGGAGGAUGUAUUGCUUGUUAGGAAAAUCUAGUUUACCAGUGGAAAAUGACAUCCUCUAUGAAUGAGAUCUAAGGUUGUCCUUGGAAGUGUCUUGACAGAGAACCUGAGCAGGACAAAGCAGCCUUGAUCGGAGUGAGCUAACUGGCACCAUGAAACUGUCAGGUGUCUUUCUGCUCCUCUCUCUGGCUCUUUUCUGCUUUUUCUCAGGUGUCUUCAGUCAAGGAAGACAGAUUGACUGUGGUGAUUUUGAGGAUCCCAAGACCUACUGCACUCGAGAAUCUAAUCCCCACUGUGGCUCUGAUGGCCAGACAUAUGGCAAUAAAUGUGCCUUCUGUAAGGCAGUGGCGAAAAGUGGUGGGAAGAUCAACCUAAAGCAUUAUGGGAAAUGCUGA